AUGUCGUCGCUCACCGUGCCUCCAAUCACCCUCUACACGCACACGGCCUGCCCGUUCGCCCAGCGCGUCGCGAUCGCGCUCGAGGCGACCGGGCUGCCCUUCUCAAAAGUCGAGGUGAACCUCUAUGGCCGCGGCGGCUUUGACAAGUCGCAGCUUCGCAGGGUGGAGUCGGACGGCGGGCUGAGACCAAAGGGCUACAUCCCAGUCAUGGCCAUCGGCGACGAGGUGAUCCGCGAGAGCUCCACCUGCGUUGAGCGGGUCGCCGCGCUGAGCGCCACUGCGCCGGGCGCCGUCUCGCUGGAGCCCGAGGAUCCCCAGCUAGCGCGAGAGCUCAUCCGCCUGUGCGAUACGCUGCCAAAGGCGCCGCAGUCCGCUGCGCUAGAUCAGCUGCUGCGCAAAGCUGACGCCGUCCUCGCGGCGAGGGGCGAGGCAGGUUAUCUCGCAGGCAGUGCCUUCUCGGUCGCCGACGCCUGCUUGCUGCCCUUCCUGCAGCGCGUCGACCUCCCCACGGACGCGGCGGCGCUGCGAGGAUACCUGGCCCGCGCGCACGCCAUGCCAGCCUUUUCGCGGACGGUAGUCGAUUCGUGGUGGUGGUGGUGGUGA